AUAAACUCAUGUUUUUUUAUUUACUUCACCGCUAUUUUAUGUUGCCACUUGGAGGAUUGUAAACAUGUUGUAUUGCUAGCUAAACAGAAAGCAGAUAGCCAAAACGUACGAGAGAGUUUCUGUAUUCUGGCUAUAUCAUACAAUUGCUUUGUUAACUGCAUAUUAUAUCAGCUGUUUAUGUGGUCUGAAUUUUUGCCAACGCAACUGAAGCUAGUUAGCCAGCUACUGUUAGCUGUCAUAAUCGUCAACACAGCAAGAGACAGCAAGAAGACAAUAUAGCAAUCGUUACUGCAAAGCUGGCAUAAUGGCAUCUUUGGCGGCGCACGAGUCAAGUUUAAGCCCAAAUUCGAUACCAGUCCUCACCGACGCUCUGAUGCCCGCGAGCAUUUUCGCUCCGGACCGAGGAGGUUGUGGAGAUCAUGACGCCGGGGUAGAGUGCUUCGAGGACUGCGACCUCUUCAACGGCGAGGCCGUGGAUCUCGGCAUUGACUUCACUAGCAAGUUGGCCCUGGUCAGCCCUAAUGGAGAGCAGUAUGACUUGUUACUACGACAACUCCGGGAGAGGAUGGACGAGGGUUGUGGGGAGACCAUCUACGUUGUUGGGAUGGGCUCAGACGGAGGUGACUAUGGUCUGGAUGAGGGAGAUAUGGAGGCUUCUGUAGCCACGAUUCAGUCCCUGUGUGAGCAGACAGAGUCAGACCUGAUCCUGCUGAGGGAACGAAUCGAAGCGGGGGGGCAGGUACGCGACUACCUCAUCCGCCGACGCGUAGGUGAUCAAGACUUCCUGGAGGUCAGGGUAGCGGUGGUGGGUAACGUGGAUGCAGGUAAGAGCACCCUGCUGGGGGUGUUGACCCACGGGGAACUGGACAACGGCAGGGGGUUCGCCCGCCAGAAACUCUUCAGACACAAACACGAGAUGGAGAGUGGCAGGACCAGCAGUGUGGGCAACGACAUCCUGGGCUUCGACCAGAAGGGACAGGUGGUGAAUAAGCCAGACAGCCAUGGGGGCAGUCUAGACUGGACUAAGAUCUGUGAGAGGUCCUCUAAGGUCAUCACCUUCAUAGACCUGGCUGGACACGAGAAGUAUCUCAAGACCACCGUGUUUGGAAUGACUGGACACCUGCCUGACUUCUGCAUGCUCAUGGUGGGCAGUAAUGCAGGUAUCGUAGGGAUGACCAAGGAGCAUCUAGGUCUGGCCCUGGCCCUCAAUGUGCCUGUGUUCGUAGUGGUUACCAAGAUAGACAUGUGUCCUGCCAACAUCCUACAAGAGACGUUAAAGCUGCUCCAGAGGUUACUAAAGUCCCCAGGCUGCAGAAAGAUCCCUGUUCUGGUCCAAAACAAAGAUGAUGUCAUCGUCACAGCCUCCAACUUCAGCUCCGAGAGGAUGUGUCCAAUCUUCCAGAUCUCCAAUGUGACAGGAGAGAACAUGGACCUGCUGAAGAUGUUCCUCAACUUGCUGUCUUCUAAAACCUCCUUCAGAGAAGACGAACCUGCAGAGUUCCAGAUAGAUGAUACCUACUCAGUACCGGGUGUAGGCACAGUCGUAUCAGGGACUACUUUACGUGGAUUGAUACGUCUGAAUGACACGAUGCUGUUAGGCCCAGACCCACUGGGCAGUUUCCUCUCCAUUGCGGUCAAAUCUAUCCACAGGAAGAGGAUGCCAGUCAAGGAGGUGAGAGGUGGACAGACUGCCUCCUUCGCCCUCAAAAAGAUCAAGCGUUCGUCCAUAAGGAAAGGCAUGGUGAUGGUGUCCCCCAGGUUAAACCCACAGGCAUCAUGGGAGUUUAUGGCUGAGAUCCUGGUUCUGCACCACCCAACAACGAUAUCACCCCGCUACCAGGCCAUGGGUGAGACUCACUCACACACACACACAGCUGUCUCAUGUCUGACUAUACGUCUCUCCUUCUCUCGCCAUCCCUCUUUAUCCCCCUCCGCAGUGCACUGUGGCAGCAUCAGGCAGACAGCCACCAUCCUGACCAUGAACAGAGACUGUCUACGAACAGGGGACAAGGCAUCGGUCCACUUCCGCUUCAUCAAGACCCCCGAGUACCUCCACACAGACCAGAGACUGGUGUUCAGAGAGGGACGCACCAAGGCUGUGGGCACCAUCACCAAGCUGCUGCAGUCGACCAAUAACCUGCCGUCGAACUUCAAACCCCCGCAAAUCAAAAUGCAGUCUACGAAAAAGGCCCCGUACCGCAGAGAGGAUGGAGCCACGCCAGCCAAUGAGGACGAAGCGAGCACAGCCCGACCAGACAGUCCGCACCAAUCACAACAACCGACAGAGGGGGAGGAGGACCCUCAGAGUAAUGAGGGGAACAAAGAGAACAAGCCAAAGUCAGGAGGGAGCAGGAGACGAGGAGGACAAAGACAUAAAGGCAAAUCAAACCAGAGCAACUCCACCACAGCAGCCCCAUCAUCAAUAGGCACAGGAGGUUCUUAAACUACACCCCUCUCAGACCCCAAACUACAGUACUUCCUCCAUCCACCUGUUUCAGCAGAACCCCCCCUCCCCUUUCCAAAACUACCCUUCCCCUCUCCCUCUUCAACAACUACCCCCCGUCGUAACCCCUCAGCAGAAUUAUGUGGUCCUAAAUGGUCCCUUCCCCUCCAUCCCUACCUCUCUCCCUCUAUACCACCCUGCUAUCUAUCGCCUUAACAAGUGUCUUUAUCACUCACACCAGAGAAAAGUCUUAAGAGGGACUAGGUGAAAAGCAGCUCCCGAAGUAAACACACAGCUCUGUGCUUGUAGAUGGUUAACUCUGCCUCCUCUCAUCUUAACUCAAUCACUCCGAUUAGUUUAGAAAGCAUCCUUAUUAUAUUUACAGUGUAUGAACCUGAUAUGCCUUCCUUUUAUUGGGUCUAUGGUGAGAAUGACUGUAAUACUGUGUAUACUUCAUCAUGAGCCCAAAGCCACAACAUGAGCAGCUAUUCCCUUACAGUAGAGUAACCCAGCUCCAUGCAUAUAGCUCAUCAUUGUUUCGCUGUUUAGCAGGCAUACUAGUAAGUGUUUCUCUCAUUUCCUACUAUUUAUGACAUAAUGAAGCAUGUUUUCGAUAAUUUUUUCAUAUUUAAUUUUAUACAAAAAUGGAAGGAAGUAAGGUCACAACUGACAUAGUGAAUGGUACAUUUUAGCGGGCCUUCAUUAGUAAAAUAUCCCUCAAACAUCUUAUUGGCCAUUUAUGGCCAUCAGUGAAACCAAAAGGAAACCCAGGGUUUGUCUGAAUAUCAUCACACACUGGCCCUUUCUCAUUUGGGAAAAAGUCAGUCCUCUCUCCUCCAUGGCCCGGAAACCGAUAAGUGGUUGAGUGUCAAUUCGUUAGUAGGCGAAAUGGAAAAGUGUCCUCCCCUACUCGAUAGCCACCUUUCAUCGAGGACAGUCAUGUGUAUCCUACUCUUAUCGGAAGAGUUUAGAACUCUGCCACACCCCCUGUGAAUCAGCUAGUUUUGAAGGAGAAAAACAUGCACUUUUUAAAACAAUGCUACUUAUAGGUAAAACGAUAAUGUCUUGCACAACUAACUUAAUUUAUUUGAUCACUUUACACUUAUUUUGGGAUCCACUCCGUAAACGUCAUUUCAUACAAGCGCAUUUUCGUCCACGUUCCCUCUCCUCGAUUACCUUUGAUCUUUUUCAGAAGGAGGCGAGAGGAGUUGAGCAAAUCCAAUUGAGAAAAGGCCACUUGUCUGCUCUAAAACUAAAUCUUCCAUUUACACUGAAUAUCUAGGGUUUAUUUAAGAAUAUAAUUUACACUUGAUCCUCUCACUUAAACAGUUGCUAUUGGUUGUAAUAAUAAUAGCUGUAGCCUAGCCUAAGGAGCUGUUUGGACCAUCACUGUUUACGUAGUUGUGGAAUUCAACAGUUUGCCUCUGACAUUCACCAAUAAAAGACAGGCAUUAUUGAUCUUC